CGCCCCGCAGCCCCCCGGCGCGGCUGUGAGCGCCUCCCGCCAGCGCCGGGGCCGAGUCGGAGGGUUCCCGGGUGGAGAGCAGAGCCCCUGGUAGCCGUGCAUUUCUAGCAAGAGCUCGCAGGAUUCGAGCCGACCUUCUGCAACCAGCGGGACACCAGGCAGCGGCGCGCAUGGAUUUAUGAAGACACUCAUGCAAGAAGUUAGCAGAACUUGGGCAAACUUUUCCACCGGCUCCACGUCCGCGGCUCCCCGCGCCUCGUCUCCUUUCCCCUCCUCGCCCGGCGGCCGCCGCUGCCCGCGAUGGUGGCAGGGCUGCUGGGCGGCGGCGGCGGGGCCCGCGGGGGGACUGUGCCGGGCGCCUGGCUGUGCCUGAUGGCGCUGCUGCAGCUGCUGGGCUCGGCGCCGCGGGGCUCGGGACUGGCGCACGGCCGCCGCCUCAUCUGCUGGCAGGCGCUGCUGCAGUGCCAGGGGGAGCCGGAGUGCAGCUACGCCUACAACCAGUACGCCGAGGCGUGCGCGCCGGUGCUGGCGCAGCGCGGCGGGGGCGAUGCGCCGGCAGCCGCCGCCGCCGCCUUCCCGGCCUCGGCCGCGUCCUUCUCGUCGCGCUGGCGCUGCCCGAGCCACUGCAUCUCGGCCCUCAUUCAGCUCAACCACACGCGCCGCGGGCCCGCCCUGGAAGACUGUGACUGCGCUCAGGACGAGAACUGCAAGUCCACCAAGCGCGCCAUUGAGCCGUGCUUGCCCCGGACGAGCAGCGGCGGCGCGGGCGGCCCGGGCGCGGGCGGGGUCAUGGGCUGCACCGAGGCCCGGCGGCGCUGCGACCGCGACAGCCGCUGCCACCUGGCGCUCAGCCGCUACCUGACCUACUGUGGCAAACUCUUCAACGGGCUGCGCUGCACCGACGAGUGCCGCAGCGUCAUCGAGGACAUGCUGGCCGUGCCCAAGGCGGCGCUUCUCAACGACUGCGUGUGCGACGGCCUCGAGCGGCCCAUCUGCGAGUCGGUCAAGGAGAACAUGGCCCGCCUGUGCUUCGGCACCGAGAUGGGCAACGGCCAGGGCAGCAGCGGCUCGGACGGGGGCCUGGACGACUACUACGACGAGGACUACGACGACGAGCAGCGCGCCGGGGGCGCGGGCGGCGAGCAGCCGCUGGACGACGACGACGGUGUCCCGCAUCCGCCGCGCCCGGGCGGCGGCGCUGUUGCGGCGGGUGGCCACGGCGACCUGCCCUACGGGCCCGGGCGCAGGAGCGGCGGCGGCGGCCGCUCGGCGCCCCGAGGCGCCUGGACACUGCUCGCCUCCAUCUUGCUGCUGCUGCUGCUGCUCCGGCCGCUCUUCUAGCCCUCGCGCCCCUCGCAGCUGACUGCGGGAGGGACCGGGCCAUCCUCCCGCGCGCGCGCUCUAGCUCGCUCCCGCGCCCGGUCACCUGUGGUCGCUGCUCGCCACACGGCUUGGAAACAGAUAGAGGGAACGGUUGAGAAUAGCUUCAGAAACUUUUUCAAAGUAAACUCUGACCGGCUGGUUUCCCUGCCACGAAUCUUGGCACUUCUCUCGUCUCCUUUGCCCAGCAGGGUUUCUUGGAUAGCCUCCCCGCCCCCAUUGCAGGCUCCAGAAACUCCCAACGAUUCUGUCCUGCAGAAACGGGUCUAGCUGUAGGUUUCAGGACGCCCGCGGUGAAGGGGGCGGGGGCGGGGAAGCGGAGAACCGUAGCCUUGAACUCAGAAGAAGGGGUGCUGACCAUUGGGACCUUGAGAAUUUCAGUUCUCAAGGGACUGGGCUUGGAACAGGGGAUUUGAAGGAAGAUUCAUUUUGCAAAAGGGCUGUCUUAUUAGCAUUUUUCCUAUGAGGAGGAAAAAAAAAUGCCGGUAUCAAUUUUUAUUAUUGAUUGACCAGAGGUGACCAGUGAGGACAUUGCAAUCGUAAGUAAACAGAUACAAGUCCCACUUACGAUUCUUUCGUAAAUCUCAGUGACAUUGGAGGGAGAGGGUGGUGCUUGCCUUAAGGGUGGGUGGCGAGGGGUUAAUAUUCCUGAAUUAGUUUUGGGUAACUUUGAGCCCUUGACCUGAAUUGCAUUCCUACCACUCUGAUCUCUUAGGACAUUUUUUAGGAUAAGGGUCAAAAAAUGCUGACCUAAAGAGUUGAACAAUGCAACUUUCUUAUUUAAAAGAGCUCUGCACUGCCAUCUAUGAAAGCCUCUUUAUGAUGUUUGUUUUGUCAUUUUUUGUUCUCUACAUCAAGAAAUUGUAGGUACAAAAUAUGCAGAGAGAUGAAGAUGCCUCUGCUGCUAUCAGGGUACUCAACCCUGGUAAAUCGUAUAUAAAGCGUAUUUAAAGCUGGGAUUUAUUACCAGUUGCUGUACUUUGUAUAUAGAAUUUUUAUAAAUUGUAUGCUUCAGAAAUAAUUUAUUUUUAAAAAGACAUUAAAAGUUUUAAAUCCACAUCCAUGUUAUACCUUCCCCCUCCCCCGCCCCAAAA